CAUUGAGCUGUUGAGAAAGAUUAAUCACGCACACACACACACACACAGACACGAACGAUCAUCGUUGUUUAUUGUGUGGCCAACAAUAUACCGAUUGGACAGCAUCCAGCAGUGUGCAUAAUCAUCAUCCACCUAUAAAAAUCUAUCAGCAAUCGAAUUAUUGGAUCAACAUUUGCUGCUGGUUGCUACUUUCACUGCCCCAUGUUUGUGUGGCAAGUCAUCAUCAUCAUUCCUUUGACCCUUGUCUGCUGAAUCCAUAUGUCUUUUAUUUGGCGUUAUAUUGGCAAAACACCCACUUUAGUUGAUUGAAUUGUUGUUGUUGAUGAUUGUUGAUUACAUUCCGCGCACAUUAAUUGGAUUAAUUUGGAUCAACUUGGAUUAACAGUCAGGAUUGGUGUCUGUAAGACAUCCAUCCAAUGCACAUGUAAAGUGUGCAUUUCCAGUUGUCACCAUCAUUAGUCAUAGUCGUCACACACACACACACACAAGUAUCAGUUGAUUGUUUAUUCCAAAUCAUCAUUUGCAUCAGUCGUUGCUUUGUUUUAUUGAAUCCCAGACGAUGCUCAUCAAAGAAUUUCGUGUCGUGCUGCCGUUGACGGUAGAAGAGUAUCAAAUAGGACAGUUGUUUAGCGUUGCCGAAGCUUCGAAAAAUGAAACUGGUGGUGGUGAAGGCGUCGAGGUGGUCAAGAAUGAGCCGUUCAGCAACUAUCCACUUUUGGAUGGCAAAUUUGACAAAGGCCAAUACACUUACAAGAUUUACCACCUUGAUUCCAAGGUGCCUUCCAUUGUUCGGCUAAUCGCACCAAAAGGUUCGUUGGAGAUUCACGAAGAAGCCUGGAAUGCCUACCCGUACUGUAGAACCAUCCUCACUAAUCCAGACUAUAUGAAGGACAAUUUUCGUUUGGUGGUGGAAACGAUGCAUUCACCGGACAGAGGGACACAAGAAAACGCUCACCACUUGGAUCCACAGCUUCUUAAGCAACGGGAUGUGGUUUUCAUUGACAUUGCCAACGAUUCUGUCAAUCCAUCGGACUACAAGCCCGAUGAAGAUCCUAGGAAAUUCAAAUCACAAAAAACAAAUCGAGGACCAUUGUGCAACGAUUGGAGAAAAAGUUGUGAACCGGUCAUGUGUUCCUACAAACUGGUCACUUGUGAGUUUAAAUGGUUUGGCCUUCAAGGUCGUAUUGAGAACUAUAUUCAAAAGACCGAGCGAAGAAUAUUCCUCAACUUUCACAGGCAAGUCUUUUGUUGGGUGGACAAAUGGCAUGGCCUGACCAUGAAGGAUAUUCGUGAAUUGGAGGAAAAGACCAAAAAAGAAUUGGACGAGCAACGUGCCAAAGGCAACCUCAAAGGAACCAAACAGAUAGAUUAGUCAAGUUUCGUGUUGUGUGCGUGAGUGUGCAGAAUGUGCAACCCCUUUCAUCAUCCGAGAAUCGUCGCAGCCAUCGAUGAUUGCCAAUCUCAACGCCACUGCAGCCAUGCACUCAUCAUUCAGUGAUUCAUUAUUCUAGCAAUGUUCUAUUACCGCGUUAACCAGUGUGUGUUUUUUCAAUUUGGGCUAUUGGGCCCUCGAUUUUUCCCGGUCAUGAUCUUGAUAUUCUUGAUAUUCAUCUCCCAAUUGUAUUGUAGCUCUGGUUGUUUAUCCUAUUAUACUAUUACUAUAUUAUAAAAAAUUAUAUCUAAAUCGUCACUAAUUUUGAUUUUGCUUGAUGAAUAAAUGUUCGUUGUUAUA